GAGCUGGAGAAGGAAAUGGCAAUCCACUUUAGUAUCUCUGCCAAGAAAACCCCAAAUGGGGUCACAGAGAGUGGGACGUGACUGAACAACAUCAAAUGGUUGGUUAAAGCUGCUUCGUGUGUCUCACGCUAUAGUAUUUCUAGCAUUUUGUGUCUUGGUGUUGACAGUUCUUGUGAAGACGAUCCUCAAGGCUCCCUAUGCUUUUAAAGGCAGAAUAAAUAACAAUCCAUAAUAGUAAUUCUUAUUAUGGUUGUUUCAAGGUUGACAAAUGAAAGCCUUGGCUUUAGGGCCAGAGGCUGGCCAUGUUUGGUAGGGGCCCAGUUAUGCUACUUCUGGCCUCAGUGGUUUCUCCACAGAGGCCACCCUCCCUCGCCCCGGUAGAACGAUUAAGUCUCGCAGCCCCUUCUCUCAAAUGGUUACUAAAAGCCAAUGUUCUUUUCCCCCUGACGCUCCGCGAGGCCUUGAGAAGGUGGCCAAUCCUAAGGAGGCUUAUAUACGCACCUCAAAAACCGAUUUCUGAUUGGUCGCCGUGCCAGGCCCCGCCCAAUCGUGUUGAGGCUGGUCUUCGCGCGUGGAGGAGGCGGUGCGUUUCCUGCUAGCGGAGAGCUCGAGAGCUCGUCCGGAGGUAUAGCUGGGGCAGGAGGAGGGACUCCGAGGCUCCGGGUAACGGGAGGCUGGGGAAGGGGCGGGCGGAGAGCCCCGCGGGAGCCCGGGCGCGAGCUCGGGAUGGCACGGGCGGGGCUCCCACUUCCGGAGUCGGAGGGCGGAGACUUGGGGACCGCCAAGGCGUUACUGGCCAAGGCCGGGGUCCGAGCCGCUGCCUGGGCGUGAGAAGCCCUUUCUCUUGGGUCUUCAGUAGCACCACAUCUUCCCCACCCCCGGGGACCGGCCCCUCCCCUCUGCCCAUCCCCGCCCCUCUUCGGGAGACCAUGGAUGCCCCUACCCCUUUGGCCCCGGUACCCCCCUCCCCUGUCUGUGCCCCAGCUCCCUCAUGUCCGGGCUCAGCCCCCAGGACGAUCCAAAUUGAGUUUCCCCAGCAUAGUGCCUCUCUCCUGGAGGUCUUAAACCGCCACCGUUUGGAAGGGAAGUUCUGCGACGUGUCCCUCCAGGUGCAGGGCCGGGAGCUCCGAGCCCACAAAGCAGUGCUAGCCGCUGCCUCUCCUUAUUUCCACGACAAGCUGCUUCUGGGGGACGCACCUAGGCUCACGCUGCCUAAUGUCAUCGAAGCAGAUGCCUUUGAGGGGUUGCUCCAGCUUAUCUACUCAGGGCGGCUUCGCCUGCCACUGGAUGCUCUCCCUGCUCACCUCCUUGUUGCCAGCGGCCUUCAGAUGUGGCAGGUUGUGGAUCAGUGCUCUGAGAUCCUCCGAGAGCUCGGUGGAGGAACCUCCAACCACACCCUCCUCCUCUCACCUUCAUCUUCUCCUGGGGUCUGGUGUUCCCGCCCAGCCCCACCGCAGCCUCCCUUACAACCCCCUACUCCAGCUGAGAGCCCUGUGGUAGGAAUGGGGGGUGAGCUGGGAGAGGUGCUGCAGAUUCAGGUAGAAGAAGAAGAGGAAGAAGAAGAAGAGGAAGAAGAAGAAGAAGAAGAACAGAGUACCUUACCAGUUGUCCCUCAACCCCCACAGACCCAAAAAGUGUCAUGGGGGACUCCUCGUCCUCGUGCCCCCAAUUCACAGCCUGUAUUUACCAACACACGCAGGUUACCAGAUGGUGAAGGAGUCCCAGCUGAACCUCCCACUGCUCCUGCACCACUGCCGCCCAAAAUCUUCUAUAUUAAGCAAGAGAAACUUGACCCUGAGGAAGAAGUGGUUGAGGAUGGGGCCCAGCCUGGGGGAGGAAUGGAGGAGUCCAGAGAAGGAUUUCCUAGUGGGGGCACUGGAGCAGGAGGAGGGGAUGUUGGAUUCUUGCUGCCCCCUAGUGCAGGAGGGGGAGCUUCCAAUGGAGGUGGCCCAUCAUGGAAACCAGUAGAUCUGCAUGGGAAUGAAAUCUUAUCAGGGGGUGGUGGGCCAGGAGGGACUGGCCAAGCUGUGCACGGGCCAGUAAAACUAGGAGGAGCUCCUCCCCCUGAUGGCAAGCGCUUUGGCUGCCUGUGUGGGAAGCGGUUUGCAGUGAAGCCAAAACGGGACCGCCACAUCAUGCUGACCUUUAGUCUCAGGCCUUUUGGCUGUGGUGUCUGCAACAAACGCUUCAAACUCAAACACCAUCUGACUGAACACAUGAAGACACAUGCUGGAGCCCUGCAUGCCUGUCCCCACUGCGGUCGGAGAUUCCGGGUCCAUGCCUGUUUUCUUCGUCACCGAGAGCUUUGUAAGGGCCAAGGCUGGGCCACUGCUCAUUGGACAUACAAGUGAUGACUAAGGUCAGACACAGACUCCCCUCAAAAUAAGUGGACAACUUUAUUAUGAACUUCCUUGUGGAGGCUCAGAAUGACCAGUCCUAGUUGCAGGUGUUAGGGGGGGUGGAUUGCCUUACCAGUUGGUGCUUAUAUGCUUUAUUAUAAGAUAUGGCUCUCAACCUCGAAAGUGUGGAAAUCCACUUUAAUUAGAUCACCUGGCAGAUGAUCUAAGUCAGGCCCUAGGGAAAUGGAUUCUUGCAAACCAGAAUGCCUAUUAUAUUUUACUGAAGGAUUUCCCUCACCUGAGAAAAACCCAGUUGGGGACCUUUUUCUUUAUAAGGAUGCCCCCUCAGGAAGUCAAAUUUCAGUUGGAAGGAUGCAUACAGCAAAGGCAUGGUCUUAAAAGGUCUGUAUUGGAAGUUAAAGGAUUCCUACUCUACUAAUAAAUCAAUCUGAGGAAUUAAAUUGAGGCAUUCAGAAACUAAUCUGUUGCCUACUAGUUUGAUGACUGUUGGACUGAAUAACCAAGGCUUUCCUCCAACUCUUGCUUUAUUUUAUAGCAAAUUGUCCAUUGUUCGGUUUACAUGAUCCUUUGUCACUGUGACCUACUUUUGGAAUUAGACUUUCUUAUAUCUGAGAUGGACUGGUUCCCACUCAUCUCACCCAUGAUCCUGUUAUUCUUAGACUGAGGAUAUCUCCUCUAUGACCCAUUUGCCCAAGGCUUAUUUUCUGUAACACUGAUGUGUGUUUCAGUAGUCCUGGAGAAUGUAGUUAUUAUAAUGACAAGUGAUCACGCUGACUGGAAUGUGACAGCCACUGACCCAGGACAUGAACACUUACCUCAUUUUCUUCCAGGACUGAACCACUGCAUACAGAACAUAAAGAGAUGACUAUCUUUAGAAAGAUCCUAGGGCUGGGGUCAUAUGACUAGCCCUGAAGAGAGACUUGACAGAAGUGCUUAGGCUCAGGGUACAACAGAGUGACACUACUCCACCUCCACACAACUGAAACAUCAGGGUAUUUUAUUACUUCAAAUAAAUACAAUUCUGAACCUUU